UGAGCAUGAUGGAAGAUUAACAAGUUUGGUUGAAACCGGGGUGUCUGUCACGCUCCUGUCAAAUGCAAGUAGUUGUUCCUUCGCGACUUGGCACAAUUCAAAUUGGCAAUGUUCUUCAUUGCACACUAGUUGCACUGUGCGAUUCAUAAGUUUUCAAGAUGAGUGUCUUCACCCGGAAGCAGCGAUCUUUUUGAAAAUUUGGACCCGUACAAGCGAAACGGGAAUCGCGAUGCGAAGUUCCGACGAAUGUGCCAAAUGUUCCGCCGAAUUGUGAAGAAGACGCACUCCAAAAGAGAGAAUUUGCAGGAUUAGUGAGACACGAAAACAACAAAUGAAGGCACAAUGAAAAGGUUCACUCUUCAAAAUGAGAUGGAACAAAUUUAGCACCAAUGGGUUUAUGUGCGUGACGAAUUUUGGGUGGAGGCUGUGUUGUUGAGUGACCACCGCACUCGAUACUCAUUGUGAAUGGCAUUUGUGUUGUUACAUUUUUCCGUGUUGGGUUCUGAACCUUAACACACACAGAAACAUCCAUAGAAAAAAGGUGACACAGAAAACGAAAGUGUGCGCGAGUCGCAUUCCGGAUGAACAAUGACGCGGUACGGUAUUUACUAAACGUUUAGAGUUUAGACAAACCGUCCAAGUGUUCAGUGUUGUCCAUCCAUCCACUCAUCCGUCCAACCGUUCGUUCGUUCGUUCAUUUCCUUCCUUCCGUCCGUCCGUCCGUCCGUCCUGCCUUCCUUCCUCUCUUCAAACUCAUUCAUAUCAUCCAUCCAGCCGCAAUCAUUCAUUCAAAUACGUGUACACGACACUUGAUCAAUGUGUUCUACAUCUAAUCGAUUCAUUUCUUCAUAAAUUCUAUAUCCUUUCAUCCACCCAGCCAGUCGCAUAUAAAAAUCCACUCAUCCAAUCACCCAUACAUUUUUUGCUCGUACAAGCAUCAAUUUACCAACAAUCAAUCCAGCAGCAGCAGCCCCUUUCAUUCGUUUGUAUGCUCGUUUAUGUCGUUUUGAUCUCUUGUUCAUGCGAGAAGAGAUCAGUACUUUUUUUUCCAAGCCGAAUUUUCUCUAUCUAAUUUUCAAUGGAGAAUUCAAACUGGCCUAAGGAGACUGGCUUGGAGGCAGUGAGGAUGCCGACAAAAUGUCGAAACAACGAAUCUCCUGAGAAAAUCGAGACAGCAAGGAACUUGAGCUGGCCUAUAUGUGUCCUCUGUAUUGUCAGUUUAACCAUUUCCGGCGUUCUUGCCUAUCGCGAGUACCUUCUCGAGUCCAGGAUAGCUACUCUCGAGUCUCGGUGUUUGCUUCAAGUCGAGUCUUCGCCGGACCUUCUCGUACAGAGGCUUCGUCGAGAGAUUCAAGAACAAUUUGAUGCUCAUCCAGCAGGAGCAGCAGCAGCAGCAUUACAUCCUGAGUCAGCUGCAAUUUUUAGGAUGAAAAGGGACGUUGAAUGCAAUUGUCCACCAGGUCCACCUGGUGAUCCAGGACCUCCAGGGAAAAGAGGAAAAAAAGGAAAGAAAGGAGAUCCCGGGGAGCCAGGUGCACCGGGUGUGGCUGGGACUCCGGGGAAAAAUGGUUUUCCGGGUCCAAUUGGAUUAGAUGGGCCAAAAGGAGAACCGGGGCGAGCUGGUGACAAAGGACAAAAAGGAGAAUUAGGGAGUCCUGGUUAUGAUGUCUUUUCGGCAGUAAAGGUCAAUGCACAGGGAUUGGGGUUAAAGAGGUCGGUGACAACGCUUCGUGGUGGAACUCUUGGCUACGCGGAAAUCGUCGCUCUGAAGGGAGAGCCAGGAGAACCAGGACCGCCUGGACCCUCGGGUCCUCCAGGAACAGAAGGUUUGCCUGGACACGAUGGCCGGCAAGGAGUACCAGGUGAGGCAGGACCACCAGGAGAGAAAGGUGCUCCGGGUUUAGUAGGACCCAUUGGACCUCCUGGUGCGGCUGGAUCUAUAGGUCCGAAAGGUGACAAAGGAGACAAGGGUGAUCGAGGUUUAACGACAUCGAUGAGUGGCGAACCAUUCCCAACUGGAGUAUUUGAAGGGCCACCAGGUCCCCCAGGACCAGCCGGACCAAAAGGUGAUUCUGGACCACAAGGACUGCCUGGUUUGGAUGGUGUCAACGGAGAAUCUGGUAUUCAAGGUCCUCCUGGAUUUCCGGGAGUUCCCGGGCCAAAAGGAGAAAAAGGAGAUUAUGGAGAUAUUGGUCCACCAGGACUCAUGGGUCCCCCUGGUUUACCUGGUCCUCCGGGUUAUCCAGGACAAAAGGGAGAAAAAGGAGAAAAGGGCGAAUCGAAGUACAAAAAAUUAAGACGAAGACAGGGUGACGGUACAUUUGAGGUCAACGCGGGCGAAGUUAUAAUGGGACCACCGGGACCACCUGGACCCGCUGGCGUUCCUGGACUUCAAGGACCGCCUGGAAUCAAAGGAGACAGAGGCCACGAUGGAGCGAAGGGUGACCCUGGUGAAAAAGGUGUUAAAGGAGAUCCUGGUCCAAUGGGACUACCUGGGCCAAUGGGAUUGAGAGGCGAGUCCGGAAGGCCUGGCGACGCCGGAAAACCUGGCACCAUGGUUGGCACGUGGUGAAUCAACUAACGACUAACAAGGGAUAGGUUGCGUACCACACAAUGAUAACGACAAUAACCUAUCUAGCCCACUUCACCUGUGGGGCUUCCAGAGUUUACGUAAAACUACAUCUUGAACUGAGAGCAUGUGUCAAAUGUAUCUACUUCAUAGAAGCAUAAAGUACAUAUAUUUUAUCAUGAAUUAUAAUGCUGUGCUGCUCACAAAAUUAGAGCAACAUAGGUAAUACGAGUAUACAAUAUACAUACAUAUAUCGAUCUUCAAAGCGCGCGUAGGUUUUAAAGCUUACACGUUUGUCCGUUUUCAAAGAAUUUAUACUAUAUUUAUCACAGUGUCGAAUGUGAGGUUGUUACGUUAUUGAAAAGAAAAUACUUUUAUUUGAAGAAAUUACAUUUUUUAAAUAAAUUGAAUAAUAAACGAACAAGAACAUUUCCAACAUCGCCAGGGCUAAGAAUAUAUCGAAGGUUCCUGAAAAAAGUACGAAACUCACGGCGAUAGAUAGAAAGUGCGUCACUCUGAAUGAAAGUUCACAAUUCUUUUAUAUAAUUGACGAAAAGAAUAAGUUUUCUUUUCCUCGUAAAUUAUUAAAUUUGAAUUGUGAACUUUCAUUACACAUUUCUAACAAUCUUCGAAAAGAGUGAUAAUUUUGGAUCUGCCUAUUUUCUAUCUAUCACCGGGAGUUGCAUAUUUUUUGUAGGGCCCAUCGGUAUAGGGUGGAGUGCAUGCAUGUCAAGUGAUGACAAGAAUUUUUUUAUUGGAAUGGGAUUUGUCUGUAACUCGGUAUAUUGAGUUUGGUAAGAUUUGAAAUCGCACGAAAUACUUUUGGAAAUAAAAACAUAAUGUAGAUGUGAAACACCGAAAAAACAAGGCAAACCAAAAAUUUCAAAGUUCCAUAUCUUUGCCAUUUCUUGGAAUUUUCCAAAAAUACCAAAAUUCUGAGUACAUCGAGUUGCAGCCCAAUUCCAUCCCAAUACAAAAGUUCGUGUGAUCAUCACUUGACAUGAACUCCACCAUAAAUUACAUAAAACCCCGCAUGCACAGAUAACAAUGUCAAUAACAUUUCGUUAUGAAAAUCAUUGACAAGUAUGAUAGGAAAGCAUAUCAACAAACAACCUGAAAAUUCAUUUUGAUAAAUUUCCAGACAUUAUGAGUGAUAAAAUGCGAUUACACAUUGUCAUAUUUUAUGUGCGAAGGUAAAAGUAAAAUGUCCUUUUCUUCCUUGAUUAUAACAGGAUAUGAAAAUAUCACGUGUGCUGCGUUUGCACGCUGUACAUUCGUAAACAGUGGAUUAAUUAACAAUAGGAGUAAUUAGGGGAUUAGUUACCACGAUUCAAUGGACGUGAAAAGUGGAUAAGACUUGAAUUUAAGACUGCAAUUAGUACAGUGUGCAAACGGGACAAUGUAGAAAACAGUCGACAAGAUGGUGUUUUCCUUAAUGUAUAUCUAGUUUCGUCGACAUCAACGUCGACAUUAUUUAUUAUAUAGUUUAGCAGCUAACUUGCGCAACAAAGAAUGAAAUGUCAAUGCGGUUAGACUCGAUUACCAAAAUGUUAUUAUUAAAGAUUCGUACAAUUCUCUAACAGUAAAUAUCCAUAUUUUUGUAUUUAUACAUGUAUGAUCAUAAACAAUUUAUGUUUCUUAAUAACAAAAUAUCCUAAUUUUUGAAUGUUGAUUUGUUUAGUACUGUACAGAAUUCCAAAGUCCGAAUUUUCAAAUAUUUUCGCGUGCCCCUUCAGUAACUACAGGAUGUUACACGUGUGAUACCCUGACAUCGUGAGAGCCCGACACCUCUUAUUACGAUCAAAAUUUUGCGAGUAUCGCAUAGGUCUGUGAUGCGUAGAGAUAUGAGUGUGCGAAUUUUCAUUUAUAUGUGUAUUUAAAGUAAAUCAAGAUUACAACAGCUCCUUUGACCAGCUGUGCAUUCUGUUUACGUCCACGAUGAUAGAAUAAUACACUUUCUGUCCAAUUUCAGUUUAAAUACCAUUCUCACAAGUUUUUCGCCACAAAAUGACUCUACAAUCAUCAAACAAACUCAGUAGUCAAUAAAUCUACAACGUGCAUACUUAUACCUGUCAUUUUGAAACUGUAAAUUGCAAUUUAAGCACUACUUGUUCUUGAAAAACAAAAAACAGUACGGUGAUCAUUCCAAUUAGUAUUAUAGCCUUGGUUUGUUUUGACGGGCAGAGUCAUCAAGUACAGUAACUAGAACGUAGAACGGGAGAUUUGUAAGCUAUUUAUAUUGGCAGCGCAUCAAUGCUUCACUUAUUAUCAUAUAAUUUUCUCUCGGACUUCAGACGAUUACAGUCCAGUAUUUUCAAAGCAUUUUUGUUCGUGCAGGAUUGAUUGAACCAAACUGAAUAUCCUAUUACAGGACUGUCCUGGCGCAGAUUAUCAGUUACGGAUGCAUUUUUUUAAUGCAAUCAAGUGAUCUGAUGAGAGUAAUAAUAUGCCUGACAUAUUGUGUAGUCUGUUUUUUUACUCUGCCGCCCACGGACUAGGUUUCAACCAAGUGCAUUAUUAUUAUUAUUAUUAUAUUCUAGUAUGCAACUCUGUUGGACGAGAUUGCGAAUUGAAUUGUCACCGUACUAUCUCAGCAUCUGUAUAUCUGUCAAUAUUGUAAAUUCGAAAUAUGAUUUAUAAAAUUAAAAUCAAAAAAGCUACUGCUGAAUACUUCUGUUUCAAUUUUACAAAAGAUCAGAAAAAUGUUAUUUGGAAAAAAGUAGCUGAUCCAUGAAUAAUUGUCUCCAAACAAUCCCGACAUCCCAAGACCUUCGUGCGUCAAUUCUGUGGUAUCUCAGACCAUAGAUUAUCAUGCACCACCUAACCGUAUUAAAAGUUUCAUUACACAUUUCAAAAUAAAGACCCAUUUUUUUAACCUCCCCAACGAACUAAAUGUCACUUACUUAUUACUUUUACUUUGCUGCUACUUUUUGUGAAGCAAUGGAAAAAUCAUUGUUAGGGAUAGAGUAAUAACUCCAUUACUUUUUUAUCACAAAAAUUUUUGAAUUAAAUCAAGAUUCUCUAUUCGAAAAAUGUCUUCACCAUCUGAUUUCGGAAAUACUGCAAAAUUAUUAUUGAAUUUUGUCAUUUGAGGCAGAUUGCUGCUUGUUGCUCAAUACGUCUUUUCAGCUCAAAAAUGUUUUCUUUCGUGUGUUUGAUGAACAUGUAGACUACGACACUGCAGGUGCACUCGUUUACAUUCUCAAUAUUAAAAAAAUAUUGUAAUAAGUGUACUGUAUGUACUAUGUGUCAAAAUUUCAGUUUAUAUAAUUUUAUAGUUUAGAAAAAUGUACCAUUUAAUGGCUACCUUUUCUCUAAUGGCCUGGUUGAAUCAGGCCAAUAGUAUACCUUACAAUCAAUGGUCUAAUGGCCUAAAGCAUGUCACUCAUUUGGAAGAAUAGAUUUCUUUAUCAGCAACAUUAGGAAACUUUAUUUUUCAUUAUGUUUAAAGUGAAAUUCCUUAAAUUCUUGUAAUAUUCACCAUUUUGUUUACUAUUCUUGCAAUUUUUGGAAACUACAUCCAAAAAGUUUAAUUUUUGCUACCAACACAUACAUUUAUGCAUUAAUAACUUAAUGUAUUAACAUGAGAAAUCAAUUUGAAAGCGAUUCAAUUAAAUCAUCCGUCAUUUUCGAGCACCAAAAGAUAUUAUAUAGUAUUUAAAAGAAUAUAUAAGCAGCCCUUAUGACUGCAUGAGGAACGUCUUCAGUGUAAAAUAUAUUUAAAUAUUUUAUUUCAGAAUUAUUCAAAAAUAACUGCUCUAUACUGAAUCAUAGAGAUUUAGUAGGUUGGCUAAAUUUUCCUCAUAAUGUAGUUUGCAAUUUGAUUAUUAGUGCUGUCAGAUUUUUCAAUUUUCGUUAUGUGUUUCGAAAAUCGAAGAAUCAGCGUUAAAAAUUUUAGUUGGCCCCCACAAGGUCCAACGAUGGUAAUCACCUAAAAAUUCGAUCGGACAAACUCCACUUUUGAAAAUAUUUUAAGAAAUAAAUGCAUUAAGAAAACACAACUACGUUCCAACUUGAAUAUACACCAUUUGUCUACCGUGAAAAUGAAAUUUAUUUCACAUUUGAACAAAAGUAUUUGAUUGCAUUUUUAUAUGAAUUCUAAUCUAUUCUGUUGAAUAUUUUGAGGAAUAUCUGAAAUAAUAUAUCAAAAUCGGAAAAAGCAAUUCAUCGUGUCGUAGUUCCUUCGUGGGGGUUUGAGAGGUUCAACAGUUAAAAAUGACCAAGCUGGGCAAUUUCAACGUCAUAUCAGGGGUAAACGUAAAUCCGCAUAUGCUUUAUCACUAGGAACAAUAAUUUUCAAGAUUAAAAAGAAUUUUUGAAAUUUUAACUGUAAAAUAAGGGAUUUUACGCCGUGAUACACUGUAUAAAAAAAUAGAGUUGCCAGGAACUUAGGCGUUUACAUCGUGUUAUAAAAA